AAACAUAGCUUAAACUAUCUAUUUCAGAAACAUGCCGGACCACAAUCGAUAUAACCUUACAGAUAACAUGCAGCCAUAAUACGUUGUUAUCAAGUUAUCAACAAGCGCUGGUCACACGAUUUGCAAGAUUUGGGUCACCUGGAAAUGGCUGCGAUGGAACGUUUCUGGCGAGCCGUGGGAGUAGUGCUGGUCCUAGGGGUGCUGCAAGGGUCCCAUGGCAAGCAGUGUGUGGGGGGUGGGGCCCUGUAUGUGUGUGUUCGACGACGGCAGUGGCACAGCUGACAUGACGACCACGGGAAACAAUGAUGGGACGGCAAAGUACGCUGACUACACCGCCCUCCACGACACCUACCUCUACUCCUACAACCCGUGUUUCCCCUUCUCACAGAGCAGUUGCACCGACGCCGCGAUGUGUCAGAGUGACGCAAGCCAGCAGGCGUGGAAGACAGGCGACCAGAGUUCAGCUACCUGGUCUUACGACGGGUCAAACAUCCAGAUCUACUAUAGUGCCGACACUGACACCAUGAGGGAAUCCUUCAUCACUGCGGUCUGCGACCCGACAUUUGAGGAACCGUAUGUCGAAAUGUUGGGAGAAGAAACUUUUGGAACAGCCCAAUAUUAUGGUCAAAUAACCUCGAAGUGCGCAUGUCCAGACGGCUGCCAUACGACCACGCAUAAAGUGGAUAUUGAGAUUAGCUUGAGCGGGGGAUCUAUACUCCUUAUAAUAGUCAUUGUUGUGAUUUCCGUGUAUCUGGUGGGAGGGGUCACUUACAACAGAUACGUGCGUCAUAACACGGGGAGGGAGGUACUACCCAACACAUCGUUCUGGGGAGCUCUUCCUGGACUUGUCAAGGAUGGUUUUUCGUUUGCCAUCGGGCGUUGUCGUGGUGGUGCUCCACAGAAAGCAUCCUACCAACAUAUAUGAUGCAUCAGAAUCACGUCAUAUACUCAAAUGCAAAGGAAACGCAACCAUUCAUCAACCAUGACCGCAUUAUUGCUAGUGUUCCUGAACAUAAAUGAAUCAUUCAAAAGACAAGUCAGAUUGAUAAAGAUAACGAAAUGAUGGUCACAUAUUUAACAUAGAGGAAAAUAAAGUGAGCAGAAAAUAUAGUGUAUUUAAACUGUUAAAAAUAAUGCGAGUGUCGCUGUCCAUAGAGAAACUGAAUUAUUUAUCAGCUGCUAUUUCUGCCAAAACUUUGUUCAUCAUGAUGCUAAAUCAUGAAGCUGGUAUUUUUGGUAUUAAAAUGUUUAUUGUA